AUCCACAUCAGCAAGCCGAUAAUUUAUUUGUGUAUGAACAAAUAAAAGACUAUCAACAAUCACGUGAUAUUAUGCCACACAUAUUUAUUGUUGGUGAUAAAGCAUAUCAUGAUAUGAUUAAAAAAAAUCAAUCAAUUAUUAUAUUAGGUGAACUAGGUGCUGGUAAAACAGAAACAUCUAAAUGUGUUUUACAAUAUUUAACUGAAUCCUACAGUGGUAGUAAUGAUUUAAUGAAAGAACGUUUUAUAAAAUGUAAUCUAUUAUUAGAAGCAUUUGGAAAUGCCAAAACAAUACAUAAUAAUUCAAGCCAUUUUAGUAAAAUUAUUGAAGUUCAUUUUAAUAACGAAUAUCAAAUUGUUGGUGGUAUUUUAUCGUAUUAUUUAUUUGAAAAAUCUCGUGUAUGCGUACAAACAAAAGGUGAAGAAAAUUAUCAUAUAUUCUAUCAUCUAUGUGUUAAUGCACCAGAAGAUAUUCGAAAUACUUUACAAUUAAGUUCACCACAUAAUUUUUAUUUUACAUCAAAACAACUUCGUAAUCCACGACCGGAUAAUAUAACAGAUUUUAUUAAAUAUGAUCGAAUAAUGGAUUGUAUUGAUAUUUCACAACAAGAUAAAUUUAAUAUUUAUAAUACUCUGGCUCUCAUUCUUCAUCUUGGUAAUAUUAAUUUCGAAAAUAAUCCAAAAAGUACACAAUAUGAAUGUAAGAUAAUAUCAAAGAGCGAACAAGCAUUAACAAUAACAGCUAAAUUGCUUAAGGGCAAUAUUGAUGAUCUUCGAAAUGCAUUAACAACAAAAAUUUCAAUGAUUAACAAAACUGUUAUUUCCUGUCCAUUAACAGUUCUUGAAGCACAAACUGUUCGUGAUAAAUUAGCCAAAACAAUUUAUGCUCGAUUAUUUAAUCAAAUAGUUGAUUUUGUUAAUAAAUCAAUAUCAUUUAAUUCAUCAACAUCAUACAUCAGUAUUCAUAAUACAACUGGCUUUGAAUAUGUUCAUAUUGGUUCAUUUGAACAGUUUUGUAUAAAUUAUUAUAAUGAAAAAAUACAUAAAUUUCGUAAUGAUCAUUUAUUAAAAAAUGAAAUAUUAUGUGAAGAAGAAGAUCGUAUUUUAAACAAACUUGGUUUUACCAAUACCGAAGAAUGUAUCAAUUUGUUUGAAUCUUCAAUAACAGGUUGCUUUUAUCUAUUGGAUGAAGAAAGUAAAUUACCUGAACCAACAUCAGCUCAUUUUACAAAUGAAGUUUAUUCUAAAAAUAAAGGUUAUGCUAAACUCACGGUAAGAAUGAAUCUUGUGAUGAAUUUAUUGGUAUAUACAUAUAUAU